ACAAUGGCGAGAGAUUCUCAACUGAUCACUUUUCUAGUCCUUGGUAUCAUUUCAACCUUGGCCUUCUUAGUCCAAACCUCUAAUGCUGGUGGCAUAGCCAUCUACUGGGGCCAAGCCAGUAACGAGGGAACCCUUCUCGACACUUGCAAUUCCGGAAGGUACAAAUAUGUCAUGAUUUCCUUUCUCAACCAGUUCGGCAACGGCCAGAAACCCCAAAUAAACCUCGCUAGCCACUGCAACCCCGCCGGCGGCGGCUGCCAGGUGGCGAGCAAAGGCAUAAAGGCUUGUCAAAAGAAAGGAAUCAAAGUGUUUCUCUCCAUUGGAGGAGGCAUUGGAAAGUACACUCUGACUUCCAAAGCCGACGCCAAAAAUGUGGCGGACUACUUGUGGAACAACUUCUUGGGUGGGAAGUCCAGCUCUCGUCCCUUAGGCGACGCCGUUUUGGACGGAAUAGAUUUCGACAUCGAGCUCGGAAACCCCCAACACUACGACGAUCUCGCUAGGUUUUUAAAAGCUCGCAGUACUAGUAAAAGGCCUGUUUUGUUAAGCGCAGCUCCUCAGUGUAUAUAUCCUGAUAAGUUUGUUGGUGAGGCGCUUCAGGCUGUGAGCUUUGACUAUGUUUGGGUUCAGUUUUACAACAAUGGCCCAUGCCAGUAUGACGCCAAAACGGGUUCUGUUAAGAAGCUUCUUGACUCAUGGGACAAAUGGAACAAAAACUUAACCAAGUCCAACAAGAUCUUUAUGGGGUUGCCGGCGGCGAGGAAGGCAGCCGGAGCAGUCGGCGGCUAUAUUCCGCCGGGUGUUCUAAAGUCGAAGGUUCUUCCGAAGAUUAAGAAGUCGAAGAAGUAUGGAGGUGUGAUGCUGUGGAACAAGUUUUGGGAUGUUCAGAACAAGUAUAGUGAUGACAUUAUCGGAAGUGUUUAAGUUUGAGUUUGACCCUUCUGUUUUCUGAGAAAGAAAUAAAAAAGGUCAUGUUAUGGUGUUUUAGGUAUAAAUAAGAGCAACAAUAUUCUUAGUUGCUGAUCGAUCAGCGGUCCCGUAUAGAGCUGCCUUGUUACGUAGCCUUAAUUUGCAAGG